CCCCCCCACCCCGCCCCAUGGUUAAGGAGGCAUCAUUUACAGCUGGUUUAUCCAACUACUCCAGAUUCAAGCUGUUUUCUUUCUAUAAGAAGUCAUGCCUUUUGUUUGAUCCUCACUCUUGCUUGGGCCAAGUGUGAAACCAGCCAAUGAGCCACUUGAGUUUCCUAUUGCCUACCUUUUAGGAAGUGCUUUAGAAUUCCCCUGAGCCAGUACGUCCAGUUUAUGAGCAGGGUGUUUGCUGCCGCGUGGAGAAAGUCGCAAGAAUAAGAAAUGAUACCUGACUUUUAUGGCCUCACCCUGGUGGGAGAGGCAGACACAUAGCUUUGCUCGAGGGCAGACUUUGGGAAGUAAAACAAAAAAACGGAAGAGCUAUGGAAAUGCUACAGUGUAAUCAUGCUGUUCUUUUUUCCACCUGUUUUUUACUUGACAUUGACUAAUAAAGAACUCUUGUCCUAUUGGAUUUAUUUAUGUUCCAGACCUUGUAGCAUUGGGGUUCAUUAAUGUUUUAUACCUUACUUUGUGGCAACAAACUCUUGGACACCCCACCCCCUGCCCCAGAAAAAAGUACAUAAACAUCUUUAACUUGGAGCAUCUCUAACGCUGAAGCACACCAAUUACAGUCGGCUCUGAAAUAGUUUAAUGACUUCCUCCUGCAGUUUCAGAGACCCGAUUGCUUUCUUUUCCUAGCCUUUUGUGGACAUGGUAGUGUUUGUCCAUAUCACAGCCUGUAGGUGGACAGAGGAAGCGAAGGAAACACAUCCAUCACUUUCUGUCCCAGUAAAGGCAGUGAGGGAGAGGAGCCUUCAACCUGGAGGAGUUUUGAUCCUUGAAAUUUGUUUUUAAAUCAUUCACAUUCCCUUUUCUUUCCCAGGUUAGUCCAAUAAUUCACUUUUAUGCCUGAAGCGACCGAUCCCCACAUAUUUUGUGUCCUACACUGACUGGCUAACAGGUAUCAGAGGGAAAUCAUUUCUUAAGAAUAAAAGGACACCGGUUAAGAAAGUGUUUUUCCUAGUCCUGGAGUGUUUAAAAAAAGCAGAUUCCUGGGUGCUCUCACAGAGCUCAAAUAGAAUCAAAACAUCCAGUGGGAGUAAGUGGGAACCUGCCUUUUAGACUUCAUCCCAGGAGAUUGAUCUGCAUAAUAAAGUCUGAGAACCACUGGGUUAGGGGAACAAGAUAAUGUACGUUAAAAUGCCAAUAGAAUUAUAAAAUCUAAAAGGCGGGACUCUCUAAAGAUUCAUAUAUAUAACUGCAGGUAAGUAAUUGUUCUUAUUUUGUCUUUCUAACAAAAGGUUAGUAAAUUAUUUUUUCAUUAUCCAGCUAAAGCUUUUAUUCUACAGCUGAUUCAUUGAAACGUUUGAUAGGUAAUUUCACACCUUUUAUACCAGUGAUAGGCCACAGAAGUAUAAUACCAACCACAUAUAUAUAAUUGAAAAUUCUCUGCCACCCACAUUAACAUACUUUUUUAGUAGAUUAAAAAAAAAACAGGUAAAAUUAAUAAUAUAUUUGAUUUAAGCCAGUUUAUCCAGAGUAAUACCAUUUCAUCAUGUAAUCAGUAUAAAAAUUAACAAGAUAUUUUAUUUUUUUUUUCCCCCUAAGUCUUCAAAAUCUGUCUAUGUUACCCUUACAGCAUCUGUCACAUUUCUGGUGCUCUGUAGCCAUGUGUACUAUAAUACCAGGUAGCACAGUUCUUUAAAAUCACCUGCAUUAAAUAAGUGAGCAUUUACACAUGCCGGGUAAAGCAGAGGAGGGAAAAACCAAGUAAAAUGAGGAGGCUUCUGUCUUCCCUCAAGCCUCCCCUCAGCUGGACAUACCUGAGAACUUUGAAAGCUGUUCUUUCUGUUAACUUACUAUCAGUUGAUGGGCACUUCUCUAAGUUUCUUUAGAGGAGAAAGAAAUAAUUCUGGAAUAAGUUAAAUUCCAUCUCAGUUUUCGAUUCCUGGAGCAUCUCAGGAUGGUGGAAGUUUGCCAAAGAUGAUGACUUUGGAGUUCUCAGAAUUGGGCUUCCUCCAUGAUGGCAGUUAGAGGUGGCUACAGUGUCGGAAAAGUCCCGUAUAAUGGAACUAGAAAAAGACCUAGCAUUGAGAGCACAGGAGGUAGCUGAACUGCGGAGGAGGCUAGAGUCCCAUAAACCUGCUGGGGAUGUUGACAUGUCACUCUCCUUUUUGCAAGAGAUAAGCUCUUUGCAAGAAAAAUUAGAAGCCGCCCAUACUGACCACCAGAGAGAAAUCGCUUCUCUGAAGGAGCAGUUUGGAGCCCGUGAAGAAACACAUCAGAAGGAGAUAAAGGCUCUUCAGGCUGCCACAGAGAAGCUUUCCAAAGAGAACGAGUCAUUGAAAAGCAAGCUUGAUCAUGCCAACAAGGAGAACUCCGAUGUGAUAGCCCUGUGGAAGUCCAAGCUGGAGACGGCCAUCGCAUCCCACCAGCAGGCAAUGGAGGAGCUGAAAGUGUCCUUCAGUAAGGGGGUCGGGACAGAGACGGCAGAGUUUGCAGAGUUAAAAACACAGAUAGAGAAGAUGAGACUAGAUUACCAGCACGAAAUAGAAACUCUGCAGAACAAACAAGACUCUGAAAGGUCUGCUCACGCUAAAGAGAUAGAAGCCCUCAGAGGUAAGCUGAUGGCGGUCAUUACAGAAAAGGAGAGCAGCCUGGAAGCUGUCAAGGCGAAACUGGACAAAGUGGAAGACCAGCAUCUAGUAGAAAUGGAGGACACCUUAAACAAACUGCAGGAAGCUGAAAUAAAGGUAAAGGAGCUAGAGAUACUACAAGCCAAAUGCAGUGAGCAAACCAAGGUUAUUGAUAAUUUUACAUCGCAGCUCAAGGCUACUGAAGAAAAGCUCUUGGAUCUCGAUGCACUUCAGAAAGCCAGUUCCGAAGGUAAAUCGGAAAUCGAGAAACUUAGACAGCAGCUUGAGGCAGCUGAGAAACAGAUUAAAAAUUUAGAGAUUGAAAAGAAUACUGAGAGUGGCAAGGCUAGUAGCAUUACCAGGGAGCUGCAGGGGAAAGAGCUAACACUCAAUAGCCUUCAGGAAAACUUGAGUGAAGUCAGUCAAGUGAAAGAGGCUUUGGAAAAAGAACUUCAGAUUUUGAAAGAAAAGUUUGCUAAUGCUUCGGAGGAGGCGGUCUCUAUUCAGAGAAGCAUGCAAGAAACUGUAAAUAAAUUACACCAGAAGGAGGAACAGUUUAACGCACUGUCUGCUGAAUUGGAGAAGUUGAGAGAAAAUUUAACAGAUAUGGAGGCAAAAUUUAGAGAGAGAGAUGAAAGAGAAGAGCAGUUGAUAAAGGCGAAAGAAAAGUUGGAGAACGACAUUGCAGAAAUAAUGAAGAUGUCUGGAGAUAACUCUUCUCAGCUGACAAAAAUGAAUGACGAGUUACGUCUGAAAGAAAGAAAUGUAGAAGAAUUACAGCUAAAACUUACAAAGGCUAAUGAAAACGCAAGCUUUCUGCAGAAGAGUAUUGGGGAGGUCACUCUCCAGGCAGAACAGAGCCAGCAGGAAGCAGCUAAAAAGCAUGAGGAGGAAAAGAAAGAGCUGCUGAGGAAGUUGUUGGACCUGGAAAAAAAGAUGGAAAUGAGCCACAACCAGUGCCAGGAUCUGAAGGCCAGGUUCGAGGAAGCCAGUUGUGAGACAAAGGCGAAGCAUGAAGCUGUCCUGCAGAGCUUGCAGAAGAUGCUGUCGGACACGGAGCAGAGGCUGAAGGCCGCGCAGGAGGAGAACAGCGACUUGAUGCAGGAGAUGGCGGAACUGAAAAAGCAAGCCGACAAAGCCAGAUCGCUAACUUAUUUGUUAACAUCAGCCAAAAAAGAAAUUGAACUAAUGUCAGAAGAGCUGAGGGGUCUGAAGUCAGAGAAGCAGCUUCUUGCACAGGAGGGAAAUGCUUUAAAGCUAGAAAAAGGUUCACUUUUAUCAAAGCUGGUAGAGGUGGAGGCCAAAAUAACUUUACUCCAGGAAGAUCAGCAGAAACUGUGGUCGGUAAAUGAAACUCUUCAUUUAGAAAAGGAGACGGUCUUAGAAGAGAAGCGAGAUGCUGAAAAGCUUUAUCAGCAGGAACAGCUCCAUAAGGAAUCUCUGGCUGUUGAGAGAGAGCAGUUGCUACGAGAAAUCAAUACUGCGCAGGAAGAACUUUUGAAGAUCAGUGUGGAAAAUGACGCUUUGCAGGCUUCCAGAGCAAGCUUGCAGACACUCGUGGAAGAGCUCCAGGUCAGCAAAGAUACUUUGAUUGCUGAGUCUAAGAAGGAUCAGGAAGAAAAAGAUCACCUGGAGGAUCAUAUCAAGAAGCUUGUUGCUGAAAACAUUGCCUUAGCUAAAGAUAAAGAUGAAAUUAUUCAGAAGCUCCAGAGCUCUUACGAGGAGCUAGUCAAAGAUCAGAAAACCUUGGUGCAGGAGAUUGAAGAUCUCACCACUGAGAAAAAGUCAGCUUUGGAGAAGCAGUCAGGUCUUGAUAACAUGUGCAUAGCCUUAAAAGUGGAAAGAGAAAAUCUUCUCCAGAGCAGCAAAGAUCUGCAGUUUGAGAAGGACAUGCUUCUUCAAGAUCAGGAAAAGCUGAGCGCCAGCCUGGAGGCUGCCCUCCAGAUCAAGCAGCUGCUCAGCACAGAAGCCAGUGGGCUCCGCACACAGCUAGAUGAUGCCCAGCGGGCUCUGAGGAAGGCUGAGCUGGAGAUGAGGCAACUUCAGGCUACAAACACCAGCCUCACCAAGCUCCUGGAAGAAAUCAAGGCUAGUCGGGAGAUCACAGACUCCGAGUGCAUCCAGCUUCUUCAUGAAAAAGAAACCUUGGCCUCAUCUGAGAGAAGACUCUUGGCUGAAAAAGAAGAACUUCUAUGUGAAAACAGGCUCAUCGCUGAAAAACUGAAGAAAUGCUCGGAAGAGGCCACCCAUAUUGAGAUGAGCCUGAACGAGAAGAUCACCUACCUAACUUCUGAGAAGGAGGUGGUAUGUCAGAAAAUUACUAAGCUCAAAAAGCAGCAUGACAGUCUCUUGAAGGAAAAGUCUGUCCUGGAAAUGCAAAAUGGAGAUUUGCUUGCAGAGAGAGAGAAUUCCAUGAAAACCGUAGGAGACCUCAAAAGGAAAUACGAUCAAGAGUCUGCCAACAGAAGAAUCAUAGUGCACGAGAAGAUGAAACUCCUUGGUAAUCUCGACACUCUGAAGAAGGAGCUUCAGGAGAGGAAAAGGGAAACCCAAGAGCUGGCAGCCACCAAGCAUGAGCUUUCUCUGAUGCUGAAAGAGGCCCAGAAUGCCAGGAAGAGUCUAGAAAAAGAGCAUACGAGCACCCUGCAAGCAAAGGAGAGUCUGAAUGCCGAACUUCAGACGUGCUGUUCUGAAAAGAGCAUCUUGCUGAGGGACAGGCUGAGCCUGCAAGAAGAGUGUCAGAGACUAAACGAGGAGAUCCACACCAUGCAGCAGUCCUUCAUCCUGGAAAAGGAAGCCAGAGCACAGGAAAACGAGUCGUCCCUGUAUGAAAACAAUAAACUUCACGGGAGGAUGGUGCUCCUAGAGCAGGAGCUGGAAGAGUUACAAGUGUGUACUAAGCAGCUGCAGUCUGAAAAUUUUGUGCUCGUCCAAGAGAAGACCAAAUCAGAACAGAAAGUGGUGGAGAUAAUUAAGGAGAAGGAGCUCUUGAGUGCAGAAACGGCUCGGCUCGCUGCCAAUAUAGAGACUCUGAAGAGCGAUUUCACCACCUUGUCCAAAUCCAAGUUGGAGCUGCAGGAACUGCACAGCUACCUCACCAGGAUCCUGGACGACCUCCGACUGAAGCAUGAGAUGACGUUGGCCGAUGGUGCCAAGGUGGCACAGGACAACAAGAACCUCCUGGCCGAGAAGAGAGAUGUGAUGCUGGCCAAGGAGGAGCUCCUGAAGGAGAAGGAAAGGCUGGCGGAAAGCUACUUCAUCCUUCAGAAAGAGAUUAGCCAGUUGGCCAAAACCAACAGCCAUAUCUCAACCAACCUCCUAGAAUCACAAAAUGAAAACCGUAUUUUGAGGAAAGACAAGAGCAAGCUCACUCUUAAAAUUAGAGAGCUCGAGACUCUUCAGUCAUUUACGGUAAAAUGGGAGGGUCAGGGACCAGGCCUGGACUACUAACCCCGGGCACUAACU